CUUGGACUCCCCGCCGUCGUUUCGGACGAGGAGCACAGCGGCCAACUCCCUUCGGAUUUCAGCGGAUUGAUGCACGAAAACAGUUGAUCUGCGCGGAAUGACCUUCUAUUUGAGCUGAACCAGUACAAUGGUCGUGUUGGCUGGAACAUCUGCUCGCUCCCGCAGAUUACGGUGGACUGGUGUCCAUAAUUAACAAUCCGUGCCAUCUUCAACCUUUCCAACAGAAGAUCUUCAAAAACCGGGCUCAGCAGCCCACCCGACCGUGAGCAAACCGAUGAUCUCGCGUUUCAGCUGCAGCGAACAGUCUUUGCGCAGUCUCACUGACACCAGUCGCGAAUGCACUGUGUACGCCAGUAUCGCAUCUCGACAGAACCGACAUGGACGGUUUCGAUCCGGUGUCGUCGCAAAUCCGUCCAGCGCAGUCUCCCGACUUGCCAGUACGUGCCUUAAAGCAUUAGUCGGCGACUUUCCCCUCAGCCGUCUACCCCUGUAAGGUUCUGGUCUCCUCGUGGCAGGUACAGUGGGAGGCUCGAAAUCCAGCUGUGGGUCCUCGCAUCUCAAGUCUCACUUCCAUGAUCCACCUACCUGCUCUGCCGAUGCCAUCGAGUCUCGCACUGCAAUCCCCUACCAGCCUCGUCUUGUGCUCUAUCGCGGCAAGGUACUUGAGGUUCGACAAUGCCCCGAUGAUCCGCCUAUACCGCAGAUCAUUUCAUAAUCUCUCCAUCUCCAUUCGUUUCCCGGGGCAUGCGUCUGCCGACUUGGUCUCGGAUCCACUUCCCAAGCUGCAGCCGCACAAUUCAAAUUGAGGCUCUACAAGCUCGGGCCCGUCUCGGGUCAACUGGUUCCAAUGUAAACCUCAAUCGCAGCUUGACUGAUCCGACUGAAAUCGCGACCGAUGAGCUGCCCACUUUUAAAAUGUACCCGGCUGCCGUUUGGAGGGUAACAGACUUGCUCUGCUCUGCUCUGCUCUGACGAGAUGACCUCCAAUCCGAUGGACCCAACGUAUGGCGCAAUGCUCAUCGGUGUCUUGUUUGCCAUCUUCUUCCAAGGCGUGCUUACCGUCCAGACGUAUAUCUACUACGAAAGCUUCCCGGAGGAUGGUAUCGGACUGAAGACUUUGGUCGGUGGAGUGUGGCUCCUAGACGUCACCCACCUGGUGCUCAUAUCCCAAUCCUGCUACCACUAUCUGGUCGCUAGCUGGGGCAACAACGCGGCCCUGCUUGUCUCGACCCAAGUCCUGGACCUGCAUCUGGUCUUUGUGGGGCUCGCAUGUGCCGUCUGCCAGGGGUUCUUCUUGUCCCGCAUCUGGACGUUCAGCAACAAGAACUGGGCACUCAUCGCCGUCCUCGGGGCGGCAUGCCUCGCGACCUUCGCCCUCGAAGCGGCCAUGUCGGCGCAAAUCAGCCGCAUCCCGAGCGUCACGGCAUUCUCAAACUACUCGGGUGAGGUCUUGGCUGUAUUCGGGCUUGCCGCUGCGGUCGAUGUGGCGAUUGCGAGUAUCUUGGUGUGGUAUCUGCGAGUCCAGGGCAGAGAUAGCAACUUCGUCAGGACGAACUUUGUUCUUGCGCGAGUCGUGCAAUACACCGUCGCUACUGGAUUGGCUACUAGCUUGCUUGCGGUCGCGUGUUUCGCGGUGUAUGUCACGACAUCGCAUACGUUCAUCUUCAUCGCACGUCCUCUUCCUCGCCUCACGUGAUCCCAUCGCAUCUUAUCUUAUCAGACAGGCCAUGCACUUCUCGAUGGGUCGGAUGUACACUAAUGCAUUGCUCGCGACGUAUGACGCUUCGAUAUCGAAUCAGCAUGUGCUCAGCCUUUCUACAGUCUCAACUCCCGGCGCAAUCUACGCAAAGCGCUCAGCGAUGAUCCGGCUUCGGGAUUAGGUACAGGGCCGGGACCCUGUUCUUUCAUCGCCGGUUUUCAGAAUUCUUCUUCUUCUUCCUCUGAUCAGGCUUCGCCGUCGAUGCAAACUCGCUCAUCGUUCCUCGGAACGGGAUCUGAGAAGUGAUUUUAGCCUAAUGAUUAUACCAUCUCGUGUGGGGAUCCCUUUCGUUGGUAUAUGAUUCACAAACGUACAUUCAUAAGGUUUCGCUGGCGGCUGUGGACCCCGAU